AUGUGUUUCUACAACCAGAAGAGAUUCACCUGCGGAGACUGGAGUUGGACCAGUUUUGCUCAGCGGUGCAACUACGAAUACCGCACUGGCGAGACAUGCGGGAUGAGGCUGGUGAAUACCACGGAGAUCGAGCCAUCCAAGUGCCGUCUCUGCGAGAAAAUCGAAACCAAGUACCGUCGACGUGGCGUUGAAAUUGAACGACUGAACCGGUGGAAACGCGAGGGGAGCACCCUUGUGGCGUCCAUGGACAAGUCCCAGAAGAUGGUCAUGGAUCUUGAUAGGGAGAUCAAACAGCUGCAGCGGGAGCGAGAGGAGAAACAGAGGGCGCUGUCAUGA